CUCGGACAGACAUUUCUCGUUCAACUGUCGGCGCGUACGGUAGUUCAUUCUGAUUGCCGAUCAUCCGUGUGUUCGCUCCUCCGGCAAAGGUGCAUUGGUGUGUCUGUGUGUGUGCGUGCGGAGGACGCUGGAUUGCAUUCGGGGAAAAUACGUCGGAUCCCUCUCGCUCUCUCUCUCUCUCACGCUGCGGGCGCCAACUGGCACCGCACAUCAGCACGAACUCUCCUCGUCGCACUCUGGCAGCACCGGAGCAGAGCGUGCAUUCGGCGAAAAAAGGCGCAAUUCAGCGAAUUAAUCAACAGAAUUAAAUGAACCAAAUCGUUCCAUUUCGUUCCCGUUAGACAGAGCUGUGCUGGUGUUGCUACUCUCGUUAGGAGACGUAACCCAUGGUCGUCUCCUCAAGUGCUAUCCCCAUUGCAUGUUGGAUACUCAUUAAGGCAAACGCGGAACAUCAUCGGACACGCCAAUUCCUGGAAGGAAAUGCUUCAUUGGCCGUGUCGAUAGGUCACUACCAUCGUGUAUAUACGCUGUGCACUGUCGUCGGACAUCUUGUCAUUGGCCAGUGUGUGUUGCUCCAAUAUCGGGUGCUUGUCAUCUACGGUGAAAGCUAACAAACGAGAACUAAAAGCAAUCAGUGUGCAGGGUGGGCUAGAUCCUGUUAGAGCAAUCAGUAGCGCGCGGGGGGUUGAGGAAAGCAAAGUCUCUGCUGCUUGCACCAGAAUUAUUUUUCCAGCGAAAGUAGAAGUGCAUGUGGUGAGGUGUAGUGUACUAGCUGGCGCGAAGAUUUGUCGCACCAACCUGUCUCGGCAUCGAGCACCCCCAGGAACGUGGGCGCAAUUUCAAUUAACGGUUAGCAACGUAACUCGCUGUCCUUGGUAACCCUACCAUCGAACUAUACGAGAUCUAACGCUUCUCUAGUGCUGCGCAAUAAGCUUUUUAACACCGAGUAAAGCAGAUCAAGCGAUAAUUAGUCCUGGAGCACUGCUACUGAACACCACUAUUUCCGGGAACGAACUGGGAUCAUUCCGGUGUGCAUUUGUGUGUGUCUGUGUGUGUGUGGGUUAGUGAGGAAUUGAAAACGAAAGGUGGCUACGUCGCAAAUUGUUAGCAGUUUAGCAAGUGUGUAAGAACACACUGUGUGUGUGUGUGUUAAUUAAAGCACGAGUGUAUUCAACUAGUUGUGCGUAAUGCACUAAAAUCGGUGAACCAACCAGCGAUUGUGUAAACUAAGCGUGCACUUUAAGUGUACACGACGACAAGUGUGGUGCUAAGGGAGACCGAAACCAAAAAAAAAAAAACACACAACCACCAGCACCGAAACGAUGGCGUCUGUUCGGAAAAGUGCUUGCAGCAGUAGCCGGCUAAUACCGCUGUUGCUGAUGUGUCUAACCGUCGCCAUCAUCAUCGCACCCGCCUGGGCGGAAAAUCACUGCAGCGAACAUCGGUACGAGCAUUCGCUCAACACCCAUCAUCUGCAGUUUACGAAGGAAAUCCCCGACCGGGAGUACGGUGUGCUGAAGCAGUUCAAAAGCUUGCACUGCUGUGGCAAAGGGUACCGGAGCAUUGAAUGGUUCAAAAACAACAAACCCCACCCAUGGAGCAAGGACGUGUCGUCCUUCAUCGUGUACCCGGAGGCGGCCAACCAAACCAUCUACAGUCCCCGGCUGGAGGAGAACGACAUCGGCAACUACAGCUGCAUCCUGCGCAACGAAACGCAUGCAAUUAAGCACGAAAUCGAACUCCGGUUACAGGAUAAGCUGGACAACCCGAUGCCAACGUUCCGGCCGAAGGAUCUGAUGGUGAGCGUUGGCGAAAGUGCCCGCUUCUACUGUGAAGCGUUCGUCGGCAACCUCUACCUGCCGGACGCGACCAACGAGAUCGUGUGGAGCCAAAUGUUCGACGACCAUCCGCACAACGUUAGCGACAGCAUGCAGGUGAACGUGACCCGGGAGGAAGGACAAAUCAUCGGCUCGUACCUGUCGAUACCGAACAUCCAGGCGCACCACUAUGGCCGCUACCGGUGCCAGAUUGUGUCGGGCAAUUCGGCCCAAAAGCUCAACCUCAGCGUGCUGCUCUCGCCGGUGCAAGUGACGGCUAUCACCGACACGCAGCUGUCCGUGCUGGUGUACGUCAUGGCCACGUUGCUGCUCGUGCUGGUCGUCCUGUUUGCCUGGAUCUGCCGGACCGUGCAGCAGCGCACCAGCAGCAAGAAGGAUAACCGCUGUUCGGCCCAGUUCAUUGCGAACAAUGAGCACGAGAAUGUAUAAAUGGAGCUCACGAGAACGUGGCUGAGAACGACGAACGAACGAUGCCAACGGGCAGAGGAGUAGAGCGGCGAAUUGAUCUGUUGUGUACGUGUACGUUUUUUUGUUCUGCGCCAGGCGUGACACUGAACCAGCGCUUGGUUCGAAAGAGACUGAAUUUCAUGUUUUGCUGUGUGUGUGCUUCAAACAGACCGCUACCCGAGCGCGGUCGGUCAGGUCAGUCCGACGGUGUGACAUUGUCCUGUGACACUAUUGAAGUUACGCGCCACAACUCCCAGAAUGCUGCAAGUUUGAAGACGCACCUUUCAAAAAGGCGUUUUCUCAUGUUUCGUGCUUUUGCGCCCCAGCAAUCGGAAAUUAUGAGAUUCAAUAUUCGAGACUAACCCAAUAUUCGUACACACAGCACACAAAGCAAAGCCCGUAGUCUGUCGUUUGAAAAACAAAGCAAAAAAGCCGUUGCACUGUUUGUAUAGUUAGUGUUAAUGCCAACAGCUGUGUGUACGAGACAGGAGGGGAGGUCACAACACACAUUCCACACAUUUCAGGCGCUCUGUUGUUUUCCUCGGCUACGCAACACUAAAACACUUUCUGUGCACUUUGCACUUUCUCUUACUGCAUUAAACGGUAACGGAUACAGUGAGUUUGGCGAAGGAAGGAGAGAGAACGAGCGAACAAAAAGGAUAUAUAUAUUGUAUCGUUACGGGUUUACGGACGGAGCGUGUUUUCUGAAGCUAGCAAACACAACUAUACCCACAAAACUGCAUUUAGAAAGUAUUACGAAUGAGUUUUGCUAAAAGCAAUCAUUAGAUUUAAUGGACGGAUUGAGGGAGGAAGGAUGGUGACCAUAAACUCAAAAAUCUAUUCACAAACAAAAGUACACGCGAUGUGUGCUCUCUCUCUAUUUAGAACAGCAAGUUUAGGUGGAGAAAAUGGUAAUUAAAGAACAGUAGAAGAACAUAUAACUAAAACUAAAGUCUAUCGAGCGAGAAACAAAUGCAAACCACAGUGGUACAAUAUUGUUCUAUAUAACAAACUGAACUUAAAUUUGCAGAGAAAAACAAACUAUUGUAUACGAAGCUAUAACAACACGAACGUAACAUAACAACACACACAUAUACACAUGAGCACAGUCCAAAGGAACCACUUGACAAGAAAAGAUAGGAAAGAUGAGCACUAAUAGACUUACGAAUGUAGCAAUAAUCAAAAUUAUGUACCACCAUAUUAACUCACACACUUUUUCGUUAUGUGCUUUGACUGCUGCUUCUGGUGUAAAAGAUGAAGAAAACUCUCCAAGCAAGUAAGCGAUUUGCAACAAACACAGAACAAAGCGACAGAAUGCUCUCAAAAUUGCAGCUCACAAGAGCAGCUGCUGUAGGCACUACAGUUUCGGAGUACGCGUAGUACGUGUUGUGUAACUAGGUGUUGUGUAUGUUAUGUAUAUGUGUGUUGUGUACAUAUAUACUAAAAGACGUGUAGGAAGUGUAGUGGCUGGUGGACAUCCUUCGAAAGGAUGCGUACACGUGGGAUUGUAGCGCAAAACAAUGCGCAAGAGGAGCGAGAUGCGAGUAGUUUACGAGGAAAGUGAUUGUACUAGUAACGUAAGAAGCAAAACUCAAACGAAACGUGCACGAACGGCCAACCCCAACCAUGGAUUAUGGUGGCUACAAGGGGCGGGUGCACAGGGAGGGAGAACUGUUAGAGCUUAAUUUAGCCGUUGGCGCGAGGCGUACAGUACGCAAUGUCCCAGCAGCCACGUUACACGUGGCACACGUGUGGUGAUCGCUUAAUUUAAUGACACUUAUUUAUUAUCUCGGCAAAACACGGGGGAAAGAGCCGAUAAAGGAAACAGCAAACUGCUUAACAAAUGACAGUGACUAACUAUAGCUACUUAUAAAAAUUAGUAUCAGGGACGAUACACACUACUGCAUACGAGAUGAUGAUGAUGAUGAUGAUGAUGAAGGCAUAAAGUAGGGUGAGGAUGGAGAGCAGAAGGUGAAGAAUAUAGAGCUACCUACACCAAGGCGCACCAGCUAGGAGCUCCUAAUUAGUUAGUUAGUUUGGUUAUUGUAUUUUUUUCGUUUCAAAAAGAAACUCUUUUGCUAUUAGAAAAAUGUUCGCUCUGUACAGCAUACGACGGAUUUCUUUGCUUCAAUUUUAAUUUAAACGAUCUCGGUUAAGGUAAGCAGAGAAAGAAGGUUUGUUUUAGUUUACAAAUGCUUUCAACAAACCUCUAUUUUAGACGAUCUGUCGUAAUUGCGCUCAAUAUGUGUAUUUUAUUCCCAUGUUCCCAUUCAUGCAUUGGUGGAAAGUGUUAGCAGCGAGAAAGAGAAAGCGUUGCAAGUGAUAACCAACAAAAACACACGAACGGAAAUGCAAAACCUCCACCCCCGUUGAACGCUGUGUGCGGCGUCGGUGUGAGAGCUAAAUCGAAUUUAAUGAACCCUUUCCUACCGGUUGCGUCGAAAAUGGCGCGUAUCAUUCUGUGAAGACUAAUAUAUUUAAAGAAAAGAAUGCUAUACAAAUUGCAGGAAGAACAAGACUCCUCUCUCUUCUCUCCAUGCAUCAAGCAGUGCGCGAUGCAAUGUAGAGUCGUCUGUGCAGAGAUACGAAAUUUUGUCCCACGAUACAAACGGCGCACGUGUUUAAUGCGGUAUUUCGUUGAGGAGUUUUUUUUUCAUCCUGUUAACUCAUAUUCGUAUUGCAUACUUGAUAAAAAAAACACAACCAACAAAUCCAAACUAAUUAAAGAUAAAAUAAACUGUCUAACAUAGUCGUACCCGG